UUAUUGACACUGAAUUAACUGAUGUCACUGUUGUUAAUGAAAGUUCUGAAUGCAUUGUAGAUAUUGUAACUAAUGAUCCAAAACGUUUGUCUUCACGAAAAAAAUGGGUGAUUUUACUUAUUGCAACCUUUUCAGGAAUGUUAGCACCUAUGACAAACACGAUUCUUUAUCCAGCACUAAAAAAAUUGCGUGAAGAAUUUAAUACCUCGGAAAUAGCUGCUAAUUCAUUAAGUAAUGUCUAUAUAUUAAAUAUAGUAUGCACUUUACCUCGUUAUAAUGGAUCAAUUUGUUGGCAAUUAC